AUGGCAAUGGCACAGCCAAAGAAGCCAGCAGGUGGAGCUUUUGGUCAGUUCUUGGCUGAGAAACGUCCCGAACUGCAGACGCAGUGCAAAGGACAGCCCAUCACGGCCAUCACCAAGUUGGCCUCUGAGAAGUUUAAGGCUCUCAGUGAAGAGGACAAGAAGAUCUACCAAGAGAAGUUCGUGGCUGCCAAGGCCAAGUAUGAUGAAGACAUGAAGGCAUUCCUGGAAGCAGGAGGUGAGAAGAAAGCCAUUAAGAAGAAGGGCAAGAAAGAUAUCAAGAAGAAGAAGGACCCUCAAGCUCCAAAGAAACCAGCUGGGGGUGCUUAUGGCUGUUUCCUUGCGAAGAAUCGCGCUGCUUUUAUGAAGGAAUGCAGUGGUCAGCCAGUGACGGCUGUGACGAAGUUGGCAUCUGCCAAAUGGAAGGAGCUUAGUGAUGAAGACAAGAAGAUCUACGAGGAGGAGUUCCAGAAGAAGAAGGAAGAAUACCAGGAAGCCAUGAAGUCCUAUGUUCCAUUGUCCAGUGCCGACGGAGAUGAUGAACCCCCCGCGAAGAAGCGCAAGACCAAGGAGGGAGCUGCCGAAGCUGCCAAGUCCAAAGACCAGACUGCCAUGCUCCAGGCAUUGGAAAAGGUGAAUGGAUUGUUGCAUCCGGCCAGAAGAGCCCUUUUGGUCUCUGGCAUCGAUCGCGCUUUGGAGAGAGAAAAAAGAGCUGGGCAGCCCGCAGCCCAUGCGGUCCAUUGGGAGCAGUGGGAGCAGAUGAGAGAAGAGAAAUCCUGGGCUCAGGCAGAGCAAGGCCUGCAGAGAAACAACUUGGAGAUCAUCGCCCAAGACAUUGACCAGUCCAAGCGCCACGUUCUCGAACUCAAGAGCUCUCUGCUGGGCAAACAGGCCAUCAUAGAAGAUCACCAGAAAAGCAUUCAGGUGGAGGAGCAGCUGCUUCAGCUGAACCCUGGGUUUUUGGAGAUGGUCCUGAGGAAAGUGGGGAUUGUUGGCAAACAUGACAGCUGGAUCACAGACCUGUCUGUGCCUGUUCCCACGAGUGAGAAAAGUCCUGAAGAUCCCAACCUCUUGUUGUCCGCUUCCAGGGACGGCCUGUUGAAGCUUUGGUCAGUGCCAGAAGGGGCUUCUGUGCAAAAAGUCGUUUGCAAAGGGCACAGGGAUGUGGUGUCGGGCUGCCAGCUCUCUCCAGAUGGACAAUUUGCAGUAUCUUGCUCCUGGGACCGAAGCAUGAAGAUCUGGCACCUGGAAAAAGAUCCGGGAGAAGUGCUUCGGAGUGGCAGGAUCGACAAGCAGCUGAACACAGUGAUAUUUUCACCUGACAUGCGGCAAAUUCUUACUGGAGGUGGCACCCGCAUUGAUCUUUGGAACACACUUGCAGAAAUCAAAUAUACCCUGGGAGACUGGAUAGACAGUAAUAAGCACACAGAUUGGGUUUCUGCGCUGGAAUUCGUGCCUCUAGUGUCGAAGGAGGACGACAAAGGCAGGCCUGAAAGUUUUCUCUCUGCAUCUUGGGAUCACAAGUUGAAGCGCUGGAACCUCACCAAGAUGAAACUCAUCAAGGAGUUCGUUGGGCACAAAGGAGUUGUACACAGUAUUUGCAUCAGUCCAGAUGCUUCUUUGAUUGCUUCUGGCGGGAAGGAGGCAGUCGCGAAACUAUGGGAUCUCGCGGAGGGUAUGCUUCUUUACGAUCUUACCGUGGUCUCCACAAUUAAUUCGCUGGCCUUCUCUCCUACGCGGUACUGGCUGGCUGUGGCCACAGACGUCUCCGUUGAGGUAUGGGAUCUUGAAAUCAAGCAGCAAAUCUGGGUGGACAGAGGACCACCUUUGCCGGAGAACAUUCCCUGGGCGACCUGUUUGAAGUGGAGCACCAAUGGCCAAUCGCUUUUCGUUGGUCAUUCAGAUGGCACAAUCACGCGAUACGAUGAAGAGCCGGAUCGUCCGGAUCGUUGGUGA